UGUGAAACUUGAAAGACUUGAACGUGUAUUUAAUGGGAAGUAUACAGAAAUACGUUUAUUCUCUCAGAACUCAACCAACACCCUCUGCUCUCAGACUAACAACCAAAAAUGGCUUCAGGUCCAAGUUCAGGUCUCACCAUCGUCCUUCUGGGAAACUCAGGUGUUGGCAAAAGUGCUUCAGGAAACACCAUCCUGGGACGAAAAGCAUUUGUGUCAAAACGUUCCUUCACCUCAGUGACAAAAGAAGUCUCUAAAGAAACUGACAGGGUGUUUGGGAAACAGAUCUCAGUGCAGGGCACUCCGGGAAUAUUAGGAUCCGAGAAGGAGGUUACAACCUUGUGUCAAGAUCUCCUGAAGUCCAAGGAACCUUGUUUGUUCCUGAUAGUGGUUAAAAUAGAUCGAUUCACUAUUGAGCAGAACAACUCUGUGGAGGCAGCGAUCAGAGUCAUUGGCGGUGAGGGGUUUGAGAACUGUCACCUGCUCUUCACAUCAGGGGAUGCCCUCAAUGACAUGCCGUUGGAUGAUUUCAUCAAUGACGAUCCAGAGAGUCCUCUUCCAACACUUGUUGAAAGAUUUAAAAAGCGAUAUUAUGUGUUCAACAAUGAAAAUGGUGGACCGGAACAAGUCCGACAUCUGCUGGAGAAGUCCGGUCACCUCAGUGACGUGGUGUCCGAUCCUCCUGGUGAUCCGAGGAGGAUGGUGCUGCUCGGUCUGCCUGGACAGGGAACAAGUGCAUCAGGAAACACCAUCCUGGGAUCCAUUCAGUUUAAAUCAGACUGUGGCUUUAAAGGAGUAAGUACAGAAGCUGUUUCUAAAACAGCCACAGUGGAGGGUCGUCAGGUCACAGUGGUCGACACUCCAGGAUUCCCUGAUGAAGAUCAUGAACACCUUUUCAGGGAGAUCAUGAUGUCAGUAGAAAAGGCUGCGCCGCAUGCCCUCAUCAUUGUGUUGAAGAUAAACAGGAUCUCUAAAGCAGAAAUUUUGUUGUUUGAGAUGCUGCCAACACUCUUUGGCAAAGAUGUUGGUAAACAUAUGAUGGUCCUUUUCACUCACGGGGAUGACCUGAAAGGCAAGUCCAUUAAGGAUUUGAUUAAGGCUGAGAGAUCUGUGUCUGACCUAGUACGCAAGUGUGCAGGUAGCUACAGUGUGUUUGACAACACAAAGAGAGGAAACAGGGUGCAGGUUAAACGUCUUCUGGAUAAAAUGGAUGAGAUGGUAACAGCCAAUAACGGAAAGCACUUCAUCUCCGAGAGGUCCACACGGGUUCAAAUGCUAUCAGGAGGGUCCGAAAGAGUCAGCGAAACGACAACUACUCAGUUUUGGCUGGACCUCUUUAAAUGGUUCAUGGAGUGGCUCUUAAAAUUACUUGCGGUUUAUAAUGGAAUGCCAAUGCUUGCAGCUAUGAGACAGUUGUAGUCAAUUGUGGAUGGUGGUAAUGGAGAGGCUGCAGGCUUAGUAGCAGUGUGGGAUGAGGUUUCACCGCCUGUUUCAUGAAAACAACAUUUAUACGACAAAAAGGUUUCACUUAAUAUAUUUUAAUUAUGUACUUGAUUUCUUCGUUAUGAUCAGAGAGAUGUUUUCCGUUAGUUCAGGAAGUAAUAUGUUAUUGUACUUCCAGCAAGUGUUGAGUCGAUCGGGUGAAUGAUUGUUGGGGGAAUGAAAGGACAGACAAAGGUUCCUUCCAUUUGAAUCAGAAACCAAAACACUUUGCUUCAGGAGAGAUGGUGCUUAUGUUUUUCAAAUGAAAAUGAACAAGUCAUGUAUCAGGCUUCAAGUCACCAGUUACUAGACCAUAAAGAUCUCAUUGUUUCCGAACCUGAACCAGAGAAACAGUUUAAUCAGGAUUUAGUGAAAACAAAUGAAACACUAAGUCAGGAAAUGUUUUGCAGAUACAUUGAAACAUCUCCUGUUGACAGGAAAGGUAAUGCGGUAAGCAUUUUGUUUCUUUUAAAGUAUAUUUUCCAUUAAAAAUAAGUACGAUGGAAAUGAACACAGUACAGUAACUGUUUUUGUUGAUGUUCAUCACCAGAGUGGUUUGUUGUAUGUCAAUCUCUGAUUUUCACUUUGGGUCAUUUUAUUCCUUUCUACAUGAAUGUAUUUUAACUAGUUUUAAUGUGUGAUGAUAUAAUCAGAAUAUAAAUGAUGUCAGAUGUUUUGUUAUUGGGUGAUUACGUGUAAUAAACUCAUAUAAAACACAUGAUUUAAGUUGCUGAUAAAUAAUAUGAAUGAAAUAUAAAAAAUAAAUAAAGCAUGAUUCCUAACAUUGUUACAGUUUGGAUUGGGAGAAUUUUAUUUUGACUUAAAAUGUAAUAUGAUUUUUUUUUAUUGUAUUGAUUUCAUACAAAUUAAAAUUAAAAUCUC